AGAUCUAAAAGUUAAACAACAAAUAAGCAACCUUUAACUUAAAAUUUCCAACUAAUAAAGUUGUUAUUAUUGAGUGAUUGCUUUAUUUAAGUCCCAAAAAGUUAUAGUGUUAAUUUUCCAGCGGUGCUUACAACGCGCGUUGACCCACACUGCCCAAGUGAACAUAUGUUUUUUGCCACCCUCAACAAGAAUUUGCUUUCCUAAAUAGAAACUGCGAUAGAAAGCGCUGCGAAUUCGGCCAAAAACUGGGAUGUUAUAGCCGCUAUAUCUGAUAUGUCCAAGCGCAACAACAUUACCUACGUUAAGCCGCAGGAACCAAGUUUUUUGGCCAAGUUGAAGGCGGAAAUCGGCUACAAAGAAGGACCCAGCGUCGAGACCAAGCGCCAGCGGUUGGAGCCGGAAGACUACGAUUCCGGGGAGGAUUCCCGCCCGGAUAGAGAGGACGAACAGCCGCAAGUUGUGGUCCUCAGGCCUGGAGAUCUGUCCGCCGAAGAGGCCAAAACGGAGAAACAGUUGGCCGCCAAAGAAUUAGCCGAAAAGCGAGCGGAUCUGACUCAACCAAUAGUUUUCAAGCAGCGUGUCAAGCAGCCCCACAUCGAAGAAGAUAAGUCCCAAUCCGGCAGCAAAUCUGAGAAAUCCGGUAGAAAAUCUGAGAAAUCGAAGAGCAAGAAAUCCAAGGCGACCACCAGCAAGCUGUCCUUCAACGAGGACGAAGAGGACGAGACGGCGGACAAUUGAAGAUCAGAUCUGGUUAUUCGGCAGUAACUUCUUAUAGCCAAGUCAACCCGCAGCGAAUGAUUAAG